AAAAGACGUAAUCGACCAAAAAUAAACAAAUUUGCCGGAAAAAAUGAAAAAUAUUGAAUAAAAAAAUGUUUUCCAUCACAAAAUGUUUAAAAAAAUCCCCAAAUUCGGUUCAAACUCGUCAAUUUUGGGGAUGGGUCACAAUGAUGUUCAAUCGGGUCGAUUCUUCACGAAUUAGGAAGCACGGAGCAGAUCGCGUUUGUGCAGAAUGGCUUUUACGGAAUGGAGCUUGUGUCAAAUUUGUCGGCGAACAAAAUUUGUUCUGUGAUUACAACUUUUUGCCUCCGGAUACGAUCCCGUUUACACGAAAAAUCAAAGAAAUUUACGCCAAAGAAGCUGGAAUCAACUCUAAUGGGUUCAACCAUUUGCGCGGAUUGACUUCUGUUGACUCAGUUCACAUCGAAAAUUGCGUUUAUGUCGAUAAUGGAGUCUUUUCGAACCUCAUGCAUGUCAAAGAAACACUGAAAACCCUUGAAGUCAUCGAUUGUCAAAACAUUUCCGACGCAGGAUUGCUCGAUGUGAAGAAUUUGGUCAACUUGAGGAAGUUUGUUGCUCAUAAUUUGGCUUAUGUGAAGGAUGAAAAGAAGGUUAAAGAAGAACUGGCGAAGGCUUUACCGCAUUGCGAGUUGGAUAUUAAAGUAAAAUAAAUUUUUUACCUGAAAUUUCGAGGGCUGCACGACGUUUUUUCU